CGGUCGGCCCGGCGCGCGGGCACGCACCGCGCCGUACAUAUGCAUCGAUGGUCCAGGGCAGUUGAGUCGUGGAAGAGCAGUCGAUACGGAAAUCUGACGAUUUGAACAUUUCUUUUCUACCUCUUGACCAUCAGAAUGGCUCAAAGUGACCAUGAAAAGAGGAAGCAGAUUAGUGUGCGUGGGAUACCAGGUAUUGAGGAUGUUGCAAACUUCAAAGCUAGUUUUAAUCGGCAUCUUCAUUUCACCUUGGUGAAAGACCGGAAUGUAGCCACUCAACGUGACUACUACAUCGCCCUUGCCCACUCGGUCCGUGAUCAUCUCGUUGGCCGUUGGAUCCGCACUCAGCAGUAUUAUUAUGAAACUGAUCCAAAGCGUGUGUACUACCUCUCAUUGGAAUACUAUAUUGGACGUACCUUGACCAAUACCAUGGUCAAUCUGGGUAUACAGGGCCAAUGUGAUGAGGCACUUUACCAGCUUGGUCUGAAUAUUGAGGAGUUGGAAGAGCUGGAGGAAGAUGCUGGUCUUGGAAACGGUGGUUUGGGCAGACUGGCAGCAUGUUUCUUGGAUUCCAUGGCAACACUUGGUUUAGCUGCCUAUGGUUAUGGUAUACGCUAUGACUAUGGUAUCUUCACUCAAAAAAUAAAAGAUGGCCGCCAGAUUGAGGAACCCGAUGACUGGCUGAGGUAUGGUAACCCAUGGGAGAAAGCAAGGCCAGAGUACACCAUACCGGUCAACUUCUAUGGACGUACUGAGUCGCAUAAUGGCAAGGUCAAAUGGGUUGACACAAAGGUUGUGUUUGCCAUGCCCUAUGACAGCCCUACCCCUGGGUACAAGAACAAUACAGUCAAUACCAUGAGAUUGUGGUCUGCCAAGUCCAAGAAUAGCUUUGAUAUGGCCUACUUUAAUGAUGGUGACUAUGUGCAGGCUGUUCUUGAUAGGAAUAUAGCAGAAAACAUCACCCGUGUACUCUAUCCUAAUGACAAUGUCUGUGAAGGUAAGGAGUUGCGUUUGAAGCAGGAAUACUUCAUGGUGACUGCCUCUCUUCAAGAUAUCAUCAGACGUUUCAAGUCGUCUAAGUUUGGUUGCAGGGAUCCAGUCAGGACGACCUUUGACACCUUCCCUGAAAAGGUUGCUAUUCAGCUGAAUGAUACCCAUCCUGCCCUGGCUAUCCCAGAGCUGAUGAGGAUCUUAAUAGAUGUUGAAGGAAUGGAAUGGGAGAAGGCUUGGGACAUCAUCGUACGUACUUUUGCUUACACCAAUCAUACCAUCCUACCGGAAGCUCUUGAGAGAUGGCCAGUCGGUCUCCUGGAAUACGUCUUGCCACGUCAUCUUGAGAUCAUCUAUAAUAUCAACAUGCAUCAUAUGAAUGCGGUCAGCGAGAGAUACCCAGGAGACUUUGACCGCAUGCGUCGUAUGUCUAUCGUUGAAGAAGACCACGAUAAGCGUAUCAACAUGGCCCAUCUAUCAAUUGUAGGCUCACACGCUGUUAAUGGUGUAGCAGCUAUUCACUCUCAACUCAUCAAGUCUAGUGUGUUUAAGGACUUCUAUGAGAUGUAUCCUGACAAGUUCCAGAACAAGACAAAUGGAAUAACUCCUCGCCGAUGGUUGCUCAUGUGUAACCCCGGACUAUCCGACGCCAUUUUCGAUAAAAUCGGUGAAGAGUGGACAACUGACCUGUUCCAGUUGAAGAGCCUAAAACAGCAUGUCUCUGAUAGAGCCUUCAUCCAGUCGGUUGCUAGAGUCAAACAGGAGAACAAGAUGAAGCUAGCCCAAUACCUUGAGAAACACAGUGGAGUACAUAUCAAUGUUGACUCCAUGUUUGACAUUCAAGUCAAGAGAAUCCAUGAAUACAAACGCCAGCUGCUCAAUGCUCUUCACGUCAUCUGUCUCUAUAACAGAAUUAAGAAGGAUCCAAGUGCUAAGUUUGUUCCACGCACAGUGAUGAUCGGUGGUAAGGCUGCUCCAGGGUAUUACAUGGCCAAACAGAUCAUCUAUCUCAUCAACAGUAUUGGUAGGGUGGUCAAUAGUGACCCCAUCGUUGGUGACAAACUCAAGGUUAUCUUCCUGGAGAAUUACAGAGUCUCGCUUGCAGAGAAAGUGAUCCCAGCCUGUGAUUUAUCAGAGCAGAUUUCACUGGCAGGCACUGAGGCUUCGGGCACAGGCAAUAUGAAGUUCAUGUUGAAUGGAGGGCUGACUAUCGGCACCUUGGAUGGAGCUAAUGUUGAAAUGAGAGAGGAGAUGGGAGAUGAGAAUAUCUUCAUCUUUGGUAUGACAGUGGAGGAAGUCAACCAAAGAAAGCCUGGGUAUAAUCCCCGUGAAUUCUAUGAGAAGAAUGCUGAAUUGAAGCAAGCUGUAGACCAGAUCAGAGAUGGGUUCUUCACACCAAAUGAUCCAGGUGCUUUCCAUGAUAUUGUCAACUCACUUCUAAAUCAUGACACGUACAUGCUUCUAGCAGACUUUGAGUCCUAUCUCGCAGCACAGAGCCGCGCUAGUGAACUCUACAUGAAUCAACAGGAAUGGACGAUAAAGUGCAUUCACAACAUAGCGUCAUCGGGUAAGUUCUCGAGUGAUCGUACCAUCAAAGAGUACGCUGAAGAGAUAUGGGAUGUCAAACCAAACCCAGUGAAGCUUCCUGACCCUCAUGAAGAACCGGUUAGGAAGGCAUAAAGAUCUCACCCACUUCAUCUUGCUACUCACUUUUAUUGCAUUUAUAGAUGGGCUGCACGAUAAUUCUGGCUCAAUAUGAUAAUAUUAUCUAUAGACUGUGACAUUGAUACUUCAGUGAAUGGA